AUGAAGUCCCUAUUGUUCACUCUUACAAUUGUUUUGCUCCUGGCCCAGUUCAUCUCAGGUAAUUGGUUUUUAAGAAAGUGUGAAAACAAAACCGGAUAUUGCAAGAAAAAAUGCAGAAUUGGAGAGUUACAAAAAUAUUCUAAAGGGAAAUGUGCCAUACGUAAGGUGUGCUGUGUUAUGGAUAUCAACCACGACAUUAAACCCUUAACUUUCAGUAAUACAGCCUCUAUGCCAACUGUUAAGAAUCAACAACUAUCAACUACUAAGAAACUAAAAACUACAGUAAUGGUAAUCACUACUUCAACUGUUUGA